CUGGUAGGGCCGUCAGUCAUUCUAUUCCGACACCUCCCUUGCGCUCCAGGGACACACUGGUGUUACCUGGUCCCGGGCAGCGGAGUUCUUUACCCACCCCAGUUCUGGUUCUGACGCCCUAGUUCAUCCCGCAAAUUUAGGACUUGGGUCUCGGCUUGUUCCCCUCCCGCUAGAAGCACCUCUUCUCUGAGCCAAGACAGCUACCUGGGCUCCUGGAAUUGCCACCCCUCCGUGGGCACCCUUGAGGCCUCCGUGGGGGGACGUCACCGGGCAGAGCGGGACGUGAGCCUGCGUUUGCUGCAGGCGUUCUCUGUGUGGUGACUGGGUUCUGCCAAUCCCCGUGCCCACUGGGUGGGCGCGGCCGGGAAGUUCCCGCCCCUCCCUGCUGGUCGGCGUCACGCGUGACGUCCCGCGUGAUGGCUGGGAGGGCCCGGCGGCGACAGCGGAGGCAGAGAAGAAGGCGGUUCUGAGAGCUUCAGGGAGCCCUGGAAAGCAAAAUGGGUGAAUUGCCUUUAGACAUCAACAUCCAGGAACCUCGCUGGGACCAAAGUACUUUCCUGGGCAGAGCCCGGCACUUUUUCACUGUUACUGAUCCUCGAAAUCUGCUGCUGUCCGCGGCACAGCUGGAAACUUCUCGGAACAUCGUGCAGAACUACAGGGCUGGCGUUGUGACCCCAGGGAUCACCGAGGACCAGCUGUGGAGAGCCAAGUAUGUGUAUGACUCUGCCUUCCAUCCGGACACAGGGGAGAAGGUGGUCCUGAUUGGCCGCAUGUCAGCCCAGGUGCCCAUGAACAUGACCAUCACCGGCUGCAUGCUCACCUUCUACAGGAAGACCCCAACUGUGGUGUUCUGGCAGUGGGUGAAUCAGUCCUUCAAUGCCAUUGUUAACUACUCCAACCGCAGUGGCGACACUCCCAUCACCGUGAGGCAGUUGGGGACAGCCUAUGUGAGUGCCACCACUGGAGCUGUGGCCACGGCCCUGGGACUCAAAUCCCUCACCAAGCACCUGUCCCCCUUGGUCGGCAGAUUUGUGCCCUUUGCAGCGGUGGCAGCUGCCAACUGCAUCAACAUCCCCCUGAUGAGACAGAGAGAGCUGCAGGUGGGCAUCCCGGUGGCUGACGAGGCAGGUCAGAGGCUUGGCUACUCGGUGACCGCAGCCAAGCAGGGAAUCUUCCAGGUGGUGAUUUCAAGAAUCUGCAUGGCGAUUCCUGCCAUGGCCAUACCCCCACUGAUCAUGGACACUCUGGAGAAGAAAGACUUCCUGAAGCGCCGCCCUUGGCUGGGUGCGCCCCUGCAGGUGGGACUGGUGGGCUUCUGCCUGGUAUUUGCGACCCCCCUGUGCUGUGCCCUAUUCCCCCAGAAGAGCUCCAUAAACGUAAGCAAGCUGGAACCAGAGCUGAGAGCUCAGAUCCAUGAGCAAAACCCCAGCGUAGAAGUGGUCUACUACAACAAGGGGCUUUGAGGAGGGUCAUCCUCUGUCCCCUCCCUCACUUCCUUGGGCUGCUGCUUUAGUGGAGCCAUGUCCCCCCUGCCACUUGCCUAUCUGCCUAGCACUGGGUAGGGGCCUUGGUGGGCAGAUGGCCAUUGAGGGUAGCAACCUAUUAGGGUGGGGGAGGUACCACCAUAAGGCUUUUCCUCCCCUCUCUGGUUUCAAAGAGCAGAACGCAUAACCCCUCCCUCCUGUGCUUGAGUGUCCACGCAUAUACAUACAUGAUACAUAUGUGCAUUUGUACAUUGGGUCCUGAAAGCUAGGAGCAGGCAUGCUAGCCUAGUAUGUUCUGACAUCUGGCUUCCCUUCUCAGCCUCAUGUCUACCUGCCUGCCAGCCAGACUACAGGUGGGACUUCCUUCUCUAAACUGUUAUACCAGCCAAGUUAUAUUUGAUGGCACCUCAUCCCUUCUAGACACAGGAGGAGCCCCAGGAUCUCAGGACAGAGACUUAUAGACACUAGUAGGCCAAAGUGGGCUGAAUCCUUCAGGUUUCUAAUAUCUAGCUCCCCAGGCUGACUGGGCUGGCAGAGGAGAACAUGUUUGGACAAGGGAGGCAGGGGACUUAUGCAUCCCUCACUGCCAUCCCCUGUAUUCUGGAAUAGCUCUGUUUCACCUCCUCCUCUCUACCAGACGAAGGAGUGCCUGUGUCCUGUACUGCCCUCGCUGUCUCCCCCAGCACCCUACUCGGCAGUGUGGGCAUCUUCAGGCACAGUCUUAGGAGUUCCUGGUGUGCUCUGACAUCAUGACCUCAAAUCUAAAUCCUACAAUCCCAACUCCUUUUCCCAAACAAAAAGCCACAGAGGCAGAGCAAGCAUUCCCCUUUAAGAGCUCCCAGUGCACCCCCUCCCAAGGGACACAGCUGUAGGAAUGGUGCUUAAACUCCACAGGUAUCAGAGAGGGUGUAACUAGGACAUCCUCAAGGGCAGCUAGGCCCCAAAUGUACAAUAUUAAGACAGGGAAUUUUGUGUUCCAUUGACUUUUUUUUUUUUGGACGGAGGUUCACUAUUUUGCCCAGGCUGGAGUGCAAUGGUAUGAUCUUGGCUCACUGCAAGCCCCGCCUCCUGGGUUCAAGUGAUUCUCCUGCCUCAGUCUCCCAAGUAGCAGGGAUUACAGGUGCGUGCCACCACAUCUGGCUAGUUUUGUAUUUUUAGCAGAGACAGGGUUUCACCAUGUUGGUCAGGCUAGUCUCAAACUCCUGACCUCAGGUGAUCCACCUGCCUUGGCCUCCCAAAGUGCUGGGAUUACAGGCACGAGCCACCGCACCCAGCCUGUUCCACUGACAUUUCUUAGACAUUCAGCAAAACCCCCACCUUAACCUCUUUUCUUUCUUGAGGGUUGGUCCUGUCCCUACCUCCACCCUCCCACCCCCUGGAAGAGGAAGGGCCCGGGCAUCAAUGGCUAGUCCAAAUAAAAUAUGGGCUUGGGGAUGGAAUGAGUGGUGGCAUUCCAUCCCCAAGUGUAGUUAGAUCCCAACUCCCAUGACCUCUGGCUUCAGUGGUAGGUGGGGCAGGGCAGAUAAAAGGGCUUCAGUGGGAACCUCUGAGAGCAUUUGUUCCCAAAAGGGGAACUCUGAGAGUGAGAACUGAUGCAGUUCCCCCCAUCAGCCGCCCCCAGUGAUAACAUCUAUGAAGUCAGCCAUUACUUAAUAAACUGCAAACUUGUCUACUU